CAACAUUUCAGAUGUCUCGGUAGUAAUUUUUCUGGGGCUGCCUGACUAUUAUACUGAUGAUACUCAACUGCAUUGGUCGACACCAUUUUGCGGAAAUUGUGAAUCAGCGGGAAAACAAUGUUGGUUCAAGAACAAUGGAACGAAUAACGAAACUGAAUGUUUUAAGAUCCCAAAACAGUUUGAAAAUGGCAAUGGUGCCUCAAAAAAGAGGGUUAUUUUAGGUGUAUCGAUUGGUUUGUUUUCGUUCGUACUAGUUGUCGUUGCACUGUAUGGCUUCUAUAGGGUAAAGAAAAGAAAUGAGAGAAAGGAUUGAACAAUUUUUAGAGGAUUCUAAAGCUCUUAGGCCUGCUAGAUACUCUUAUGCUGAUAUCAAGAAAAUCACGAACGGAUUUAGGUCCAAACUAGGCAAAGGAGGUUACGGGACAGUGUUCAAAGGGAAGCUCUCGAAUGACAUUCUUGUAGCUGUAAAGGUUUUGAAUAACAUCAAAGGAAAUGGUGAUGAAUUUAUCAAUGAAGUGAGUACAAUAGGAAAAAUCCACCACGUGAAUGUGGUUCGUCUGGUGGGAUAUUGUGCAGAUGGAUAUAGACGCGCUCUUGUUUACGAAUUCUUACCUAAUGAUUCUCUCAAUAAGUUCAUAUCUUCCGGGAAUCAAAGUCACACGCUCGGAUGGGAGAAGUUGCACAAAAUUGCUCUCGGAAUAGCCAAAGGAAUCGACUAUCUUCACCAAGGCUGCAACCAGAGGAUCCUCCAUUUCGAUAUCAAACCUCAUAACAUCUUGCUAGACCAUAACCUCAGUCCCAAAGUCGCUGAUUUUGGUUUAGCGAAAAUGUGUUCCAAGGACCAAAGCGUAGUAACCAUGACUGCUGCCCGCAGGACAAUAGGCUACAUUGCACCGGAGGUCUUCUCUAGGAACUUUGGGAAAGUGUCCUAUAAAUCGGACAUUUACAGUUUCGGAAUGUUGUUACUCGACCUCGUCGGAGGAAGGAAGAACUUCCAUGCCAGAGCAACUGACAGUAGUCAAGUUUAUUUUCCAGAAUGGAUGUACAAUCAACUAGAUAAAGGUGAAGAUAUAGAAAUCCAAAUUGAGAGAGAGGAGGAUACGAAAAUAGCAAAAAGACUAAUAAUCGUCGGGCUAUGGUGUAUCCAGUGGUAUCCAGCUGAUCGACCUUCAAUGAAGGUCGUGAUUCAAAUGCUCGACGGCGAAAACAUGCCAGUCAUGCCACCAAAUCCUUUUGCUGCAUCAGAAUCUGCAAACAUAAACACAACAGCUACAAGUGGAAGCCUAUUUAGUGGUGACUUAGAUAGCAUUUCUGAAACAAAUGGGAGCAAUAAUUUAGUGUCUUCUUGAAUUGUAAAUUGUAUGACAGUAUUUGAUACUAUGUUGUCUCUUAACCGUGGAUGUUCUGUUCAUGAAUUCACUACAUUGGAGUUGUGUAUUCAAUAUAUUACAAUGUAUGAUCUUCUUAUAAUUACUGACUAUUGAUAAUU